AAAACCGAAACACAAGGAGAUUUUCGGGAGAGAAUGUUCCGGCCGACCGUUGCUUCAUCUUUUCCGGCGACGGUGGCGUUCGCAAUGGGGGUGAUGCUCCAACUCAUUAUACUAAUAAUUAUUCCGUCCACCGUCGUCGUUGAAGCUCACACAAAAACAAUUCCGGCAGAUUCAUCGAAGCUCGACGAAUGGAUCGGACACAACAUGAAAGAAUACAACGAUCGUAAGACGAACGAGACAGGAAUCAAGGCGCUGGACCGGCGGCUGGCGGAGGCGGAGGAUUGUGUUCAAUUAAUCACCGUUAGAAAAGACGGACGAGGAAAUUUCUCGACGAUCACUGAAGCGAUCGAUAGCAUUCCGUCAGGAAAUCGGCGGCGAGUGGUGGUGUGGAUCGGAGGUGGGGUUUAUAGAGAGAAAAUUACGAUCGAUGCUUCGAAGCCGUUUGUGACUUUGUAUGGACAGAAAGGAAAACGGCCAAUGAUAACGUUCGACGGUACAGCGUCGGAGUUUGGUACCGUUAAGAGCGCGACGGUGGCGGUGGAAUCGGAUUAUUUCGUUGCCGUCAAUCUUACGUUUGUGAAUUCAGCUCCAAUGCCAGAACUAGGAGGAACGGGAGGGCAAGCAGUAGCAAUGAGGAUAUCUGGUGAUAAGGCAGCAUUCCAUGGGUGUCAUUUCAUAGGCUUUCAAGACACUUUAUGUGAUGACAGAGGCAGACAUUUUUUCAAGGACUGUUACGUCCAAGGCACUGUGGACUUCAUCUUUGGAAAUGGCAAAUCUCUCUACUUGAAAACCACAAUAAACUCAGUAGCAGAAGGGACAGGAGUGAUAACAGCUCAAGCAAGGGAAGAUGCCACAGAUGAAAGUGGUUUCACAUUCGCAUAUUGCAACAUAACAGGAACAGGAGACACUUAUUUAGGAAGAGCUUGGAAAGAGAGAACUCGUGUUGUUUUUGCUUACACAUACAUGGGAACUCUCAUCAACACAGAAGGAUGGUCUGAUAAAAUGCAUGGAAGCCAACCUAGAAAGAGUAUGUACUACGGCGAGUACAAAUGCAAGGGACCUGGCGCGACUCCGUCUGGUCGAGUGAAGUAUGCUAGAAUACUCUCGGAUGUAGAAGCGAAGGCGUUUUUGAGUAUGACAUACAUUCAUGGAAACAAAUGGCUUCUACCACCCCCUGAUCUUUCUCUCUCCCCCUCUAAACCCAAUAUCUUCCAUUAAAAUUGAAUCAAAAUUACUUGAAUUGAAAAUGCUUAAUCAAAAUGGAAGUUAAAAUACUAUCCCAAACUGUGCUCAAAACCAUAAAGUAAUUGCUAUAGUGAUAAUUAGAAAUUAAAGGAAAGGCCAAGGUAGCAAGGCUGUGCUGUGCCUACAAAACUUUAUCCCCAUCAUAUUUCCCCAUUUAAAUGUCUCUCUCUUUAAUUCACAUAGAAUGAAUCCCCCCUUUUUUAGUUUGUCCAAAAGCUUUAGUUGAUUGUGGUAUUAAACUGAUCAACAAUGUUGCUGUUGUUUUUGUGUAAACUCUUUUUGCUUUCCAACACUAGUAGUUGUGGGUGGUGAAAUUUUUUGAAAUAUACAACCUAAUGUGGUUUUAAAUUCUUG